AUGGAAGAAUCAACACCAGCACCUCCGCAACCACCACCGCAUCAAUCCAAGCGUCCGCGGGUCGCUGAAGAGAAUCGCAAACGAGCUGUUCGCGCAUGCGAUGGCUGUCGCAGAGUGAAAGAGAAAUGUGAGGGAGGGGUGCCGUGUCGCCGAUGCUUGCGCUAUCGCCGUCAAUGCAUCUUCACGCAUAUAGAUCCAACUGAAAAGAAUCGCUCGGCAUCGGUCUCACUUCUUGAUCGAGCGGCAUCCCUGAGUCGCCAUGAUAUUCAAGAAGCGGAGCGGGUGCGCUGCAUGGAACGCAUACUGGCUCAUCAUGUGCCCAAUAUCACCUUCGACCUCCAGUCUUUACGGCAGGUUGCCGAGGAAUUGAAAGGGAAACACCGCGAUUCCGAGUCAGAUGUACUCUCGUCUAAAGCCGAUGGGAAUGAAUUGGAGGACCUCGCGAUCGAUGAGGAGGAUUUUACCAUCAAAGCCUUGCCGAACAACACAACCCAAUACUCUGGAGAAUUCUCAUACCUGAAUUUCUCCAACAAGAUUCGCCAAAAAAUCGAUGAAUGGAUGAAAACCGCGGCACCCGAGGCGACAACCGAGGUUGAACCAUUCGAAGAACGAUGGCGAGCGACGCAAUUGCAAUCCGGCUCCUCACUCAUCUCCAGCUCGGUCACCUGUCUUCCGCCACGAUACGUAGCAGACUUUCUCGUUCAAAUCUUCUUCAAAUACGCGCAGACCAACAAUUUCUACGUCGAAGAAGAUUGGCUCCGAGAAAAGAUGGCGAUUUGCUACACGAAUCCCUCGCAGCUCUCAACAGAUGAUGCGGGCGCGGUGUGCGCACUGCUCAUGGUGUUGGCGGUCGGAACUCAGUUUGCACAUAUGGAAUCAACCACAGCUGUGAAUCGCCAGCCUACCACGACCACGGCUGAUCAGGAUCACCACUUCUCUGAAGACGAAGUGGGACUCACGUUCUAUCAAUUCGCAUCGAAACUUUUGCCGGAUAUUAUCGCGACGGCAUCCGUCCGGAGUGUCCAGGCCUGCUUGUUGAUUGGGACCUAUCUGCUUCCUCUGGACACUUCUGGUCUCUGCUAUACCUAUUUUGGUCUCGCCCUGAAGCUAGCCAUUCAGAAUGGCAUGCAUAGAAAAUAUCACGGCGAAGGUCUGUCCGCCCGGAUGAUCGAGACACGAAAUCGUGUUUUUUGGACCGCUUACACGAUCGAGAAGCGGAUCAGUAUUCUGCACGGUCGACCAGCAUCGUUGGCAGAUACGGAUGUGGAUGCUCCGCUGCCCGUGGAUUUCCCCGGGAUUAUGCCUGCAACGCAACAGUCAAACCAUACAAACAUGGUCGCUCUGAUCACACUCACUCUGAAGCUUGGGGAGGUCUCCAACGAGAUAUCCUCCUUACGCACGUGUCGCAAAGGGCAACAGCAGGACUGUCUCGAGCGGCUCCUAAAUCUUCGAAAGCUCUUGGUGGAGUGGUGGUCGUCUCUUCCAGAAGAAACGAGCUGCCGUGAUCUCAACCCAGCGGGGCCAUUAUUCCGGUCGAACGUUCAUCUGAAGCUUGACUACUGUCUCACCCGAAUCUUCAUCGGGCGUCCUUUCCUUUUUAGUAACAUGAGGGGCUUGCAGCAGGGUUCCUCUCAGACUCCUUCUGCGUCAAAUCCCGGAUCGUCCAAGAGUUCAUCUGGAAUGGCCAAAAAUCGGGCGACUUUGGUCACAGACUGUGUGGAGGCAGCCCUCGAAAUCAUCGAUUUGUGUCGGCUUCUCCGUGAUGAGACAGGUCUGGCGCGCGCCUCAUUCACCGAGUUCAGCUCGUGUCGCGCAGCUCUUCUGGUCAUUUUGGCACAGGGUCUUACCAAGCGCACUGAGCGUCUCGGCGCGGCCCUCGACCAAGGUAUCUCCCUGAUCAAAAUCAUGUCAAUGGGGGUGGGCUCCGCACGCUCGGCUGUGAGCGUCAUCGAGGCGCUUGAGCGCGCCAUUCGCCGGCUCGAAAUAUGGAGCGAAACUCACCAGUCGCAAAUGAAUGGCGGGGGCGCCGAAUCGGCUUAUGACCGCUUCAAGAAUUGGGAAAUGCUCUGGAAGACAGGGCCGGUGUCACCAAGCACUAUGGCAUUGAAGCAGGAGAUUUUCUCCGCCAACGAAAUUGCGCUUGCCCAAGGUCUGGGUCCUCCGGAGUCUGAAAUUUCAUCCGCAGAGCCAACAACCGCAGGAACCGUGGCCACGCCUUCUGUCAUGCCUUCCAACGGUGCCCGUCAUUCCCACUCAUAUAUGGGAAACCAAGGUCAUGAGAUGGUCGAAGGCGACGUCUCAAACAGUAUCUCUAUACCCGACGGAUAUUCUAUCCCGCAUCCGUCUCUUUCACAAAUGCCCCAUCUUGGCUUUGAUCAUUUUGUUUCAAAUUUCCCUCAGGAGCUGGGAGAGUUCACGGCGAUUCCAUGCUUCGAGCCGGAUGGACAGGGAAACAUGUCGGGGCUUCCUGUAAGUACCGAGAUGAAGACCCCUGGCAGUACAGAUUCGCAUUGGAUGCAAUUCAUGACCGAGUGA